AUGCGUUCAUUGUCUGCUAGCAAUAAAUUUUAUGUUCAUAACAAAAAAAGUUCCUACCAUCCAGCCAUGUUUACAGACAUAUUUAGGAAAAAGCCAAUGUUUCUGCUAAUCCAUAAAACUUGGUGUCCCGCAUGUCAGCAACUAAAACCGAAGUUCAGCAAGGCGAAAAAGCUUGUCGAAAUCAGCAAGCAUUUCAUAAUGGUCAAUACACAGGACGACGAAGAACCAUGGGAAGAGAAAUACAAACCUGAUGGAGGAUAUAUUCCAAGGAUUUUGUUUAUUGGUAAGUUCCUAAUAAUAAUUCAUUUCAAAGCGGUUAAAAAUGCAUGCAAAAAUUAUGAUAAAUAUCUGGAUGGUAAUGUAAUGGACUACAUCAAGAAUCCAACAGAAAGCUUUGAAAAAUACUCACAUUACUAUACAAAUCCUACUCCAAUUAUAAAAUCAAUGAAAGAAGUCUUGUUGAAGUUGAAGCUCAUGGAUGAGAAGCAGUUGGAUCAGUAUGAUGACGGCAGCAAGAAGCAGGAGACGUUGAAAACCGAACUGUAA